AUGAACACAACAACAAUGUGUUCACUCAAGUUUAUAGCAUUAGCACUUAUCUUAUGUGCUGCUACUUUCAAUCUGUCUGCUGAUGCUGCCGAUGUUUCAUACGAUGCAAGAGCCCUCAAGAUUGACGGCCAAAGGCGGAUUAUCAUUUCUGGUUCUAUUCACUAUCCUCGUAGCACGCCUGAGAUGUGGCCGUCUUUGAUUAAGAAAGCGAAGGAAGGAGGUCUUAAUGCUAUUGAGACUUACGUGUUUUGGAAUGCCCAUGAGCCCCUUUAUCGACAGUAUGAUUUUUCAGGAAAUCUAGAUCUUUUGAGGUUCCUGAAGGUGAUUCAAGAUGAAGGGCUUUAUGCCAUUCUGAGAAUUGGACCGUAUGUUUGUGCUGAAUGGAACUAUGGAGGAUUUCCUGUUUGGUUGAAUAGCAUUCCCGACAUGACUUUCAGGACUGAAAAUGAUGCCUUCAUGUAUCAAAUGAAGAACUUCACAACCUUGAUUGUGGACAAGGUGAAAGAAGCAAAUCUUUUUGCUUCAGAAGGCGGGCCGAUUAUACUUGCUCAGAUUGAGAACGAGUAUGGAAAUGUUAUUGGCUCUUAUGGGAAUGAUGGAAAAUCAUACAUGAACUGGUGUGCAAAUUUCGCUGAAACUCUGGACAUUGGUGUCCCUUGGAUCAUGUGUCAAGAAUCGGAUGCUCCACCGUCCAUGAUCAAUACAUGCAAUGGCUGGUACUGCGAUCAGUUUUCCCCCAACAGCAACAUUCCUAAGAUGUGGACAGAGAACUGGAGUGGCUGGUAUAAGAACUGGGGCGGUAAAGACCCUCACAGAACCGCAGAAGAUCUUGCAUUUGCUGUCGCUCGAUUUUUCCAGUAUGGUGGCACAUUGCAGAACUAUUAUAUGUAUCAUGGAGGUACUAACUUUGGGCGAACAGCCGGUGGACCGUAUAUUACCACAAGUUAUGAUUAUGAUGCUCCCCUUGAUGAAUAUGGUAAUCUGAACCAGCCUAAAUGGGGACAUCUAAAGAAGCUCCAUUCCCUGAUUAUGUCGAUGGAGAAGAUACUAACAUAUGGGAAAGCAACAAACAAAGACUAUGGGGGAAUGAUGUCUUCCACAGUGUUUGAAUACAACGGGACAAGGGUAUGUUUCCUCGGAAAUGCAAAUAAUAGGGAUGCCAAAACAAUCAACUUUGAAGGCAAGAGCUAUACUACUCCUGCUUGGUCAGUGAGCAUUCUUCCUGACUGUGUCAAUGUAGUAUACAACACUGCCGAGGUUAAUACUCAGAAGUCUGUAAUGGUGAAGAAACUACCAUUAGAAGCUGCGCCAAAACGUCAUUAUGAUCUUGAAUGGCUCUGGAGGUCGGAGCACAUUGAGCACCUCAAAACCUCAGUGGAGAAUAGUGGUCCUCUUAAAGGUGUUACUUAUGCCAAUCAACUGUUGGAUCAAAAACUUGCUGCAAAUGAUACAAGUGACUACUUGUGGUACAUGACAAGUGUGGACAUAAAUGAAGAUGAUCCCAUCUGGGGCGAAGAGGUUACUGUAAGUGUUCAGUGUGACUGCCAGAUACUGCAUGUAUUUUUCAACGGCAAGCACAUAGGAUCUAAAUGGGUGACAAAUGGGCAGUACAAUUUUUUAUUUGAGAGAAAUGCUAAGCUAAAGCUAGGGACGAACUCAUUAUCCUUGCUCAGUGUAACAGUAGGACUCCAGAACUAUGGUGCCCAUUUCGACAAAGCAAACAAUGGAAUCCUUGGUCCUGUCAAGCUAGUUGCACCAAACAGUUUAGAGAAGGAUCUAACAUCGAACAAAUGGGCGUAUAAGGUUGGAUUGAAUGGAUUGGAGAGGCGACUUCAAGAGGUGGAUAUUAAGCACAAGCGCAAGUGGCAUCCUAAUGUCCCUUUUGACAGGAUGUUUGUUUGGUACAAGACAACCUUCAAAACUCCUAAAGGGGAAGACCCUGUUGUUCUAGACUUGUGGGGUUUAGGCAAAGGAACUGCUUGGGUGAACGGACAUGAUAUUGGCAGAUACUGGCCAAGCUUUGUAGCAGAUGAUAACGGAUGUGUUUCAUUUUGCGACUAUCGAGGAGCUUAUACUGGUUCAAAAUGCUUGACUAAUUGUGGAAAAUCUUCCCAAAGAUGGUAUCAUGUCCCGCGAUCAUUCUUGAAUGAUGAAGAUAACACUCUGGUACUGUUUGAAGAGUUUGGGGGGAACCCAACUUUUAUAAGUGUUCAAACAGUGACAAUGAAAUCAGCAUCUGCACAUGCAUAUGAAGGGAACAGUUUGGAACUGUCAUGCCAAGGGAGAGUCAUAUCCAAGGUCAAUUUUGCUAGCUUUGGUAAUGGCACAUAUGGGUCUCUUCAUAAAGGCAGCUGCCACUCUCCAAACAGUUUAUCAGUAGUCAAACAGGCAUGUAUUGGCAAAGAAAGUUGUUCAAUUGAUGCAUCAGAGCAGACUUUCGGACCCAGUUCGUGUGAUGCCCCCAUGAAGAGUCUUGCUGUUGAAGUCCAGUGCUAGGAAUUGUCCUUUCAUUGUAAAACUUUCUAGGACUUAUGAAGUAUGAUCUAGUUCAGUGAAUUAUUAGGACUUAGUUAGGACAUGGUUUUUCUUCAUGGUUUACAUUUUUAGUUGAGGGUCCACUGCUGAUUCAUGCUUAUCAUUUACAUUACUGUGGAAAUAAUAUUACAUAGUUU